UGCGCAAACAGGCCGAGGAGGAGGCCAUCAAACGGUCCCGAUCGCUUUCCGAGAGCUAUGAACUCUCUUCAGACCUACAGGAUAAGCAGGUGGAGAUGCUAGAACGGAAGUAUGGGGGCCGUCUGAUCACCAGACAUGCUGCCCGCACCAUCCAGACCGCCUUCCGCCAGUAUCAGAUGAACAAGAACUUCGAGCGCCUGCGCAGUUCUAUGUCCGAGAACCGCAUGUCAAGGCGCAUCGUCCUGUCCAAUAUGAGAAUGCAGUUUUCCUUUGAAGGACCUGAGAAAGUCCACAGCUCCUACUUCGAGGGGAAGCAAGUUUCUGUUACAAAUGAUGGGUCAAAGCUGGGCUCCCUGGUACCGUCGGAGUGCAAUGAGCUCGGGGACACGGCUACCAUGAAGUCCCCGGCGGCGUCCACUGAUUUCACUGAUGCCAUAACAGAACUGGAGGAUGCUUUUUCCAGGCAGGUGAAAUCCCUGGCGGAAUCCAUCGACGACGCGCUGAACUGCCGCAGUCUGCAUUCGGAUGAAAUCCAGAGCGCAGAGCAGGUCAGGAGCCGGGAGAUGGAGAGGGAGAGCUGCGCCCCGAGCAAAGCGGCGAUGCACAACGUGGAUCACAGGAAGCUGGACGAGAUGACGGCGUCCUACAGCGAUGUCACGUUGUACAUCGACGAGGAGGAGCUGUCCCCGCCCCUGCCGCUCUCCCAGUCCGUGGACAGGCCGUCCAGCACGGAGUCGGACUUGAGGCUCCGCUCCGUCAACUCUUCCCAAGAGUACUGGUCCAUGACCCACAAAGACGAUAAGUUAGACACUGAUACGAGCUGCAGGAGUACCCCAUCACUGGAAUGCCAGGAGCAGAGGAUGAGGAUGGAUCACCUGCCCCUGCUCACCAUCGAGCCGCCCAGUGACAGUUCCGUGGACUUGAGCGAUCGCUCGGAGAGGGGCUCAUUAAAGAGACAGAAUGCGUACGACCGAGGCAUCCCCAGCCAGCAAGGCAGCCCUAAACAUAUCCCUCACAGCAUUCCUGCCAAGAUCAUCACCCGGGAGGAGCAGGAGGCCAGGCACAGGGCUAGGCCCAUAGACAGUCACUUGGCCAUCAAUGGCACAGCAAACAGGCAAAGCAAAUCAGAGUCUGAUUACUCUGAUGGAGACAACGACAGCAUCAACAGCACUUCCAAUUCCAAUGAUACAAUAAAUUGCAGCUCAGAAUCCUCUUCUAGGGACAGCCUAAGGGAGCAAACCUUGAGCAAACAAACCUACCACAAAGAGACUCGCAACAGCUGGGAUUCCCCUGCCUUCAGUAACGAUGUUAUCAGGAAACGCCAUUAUAGGAUUGGGCUGAAUCUUUUUAACAAAAAACCCGAGAAGGGAGUGCAGUACCUGAUCGAGCGCGGCUUCGUGCCCGACACGCCCGUGGGGGUUGCGCAUUUCCUGCUGCAGAGGAAGGGGCUCAGCCGGCAGAUGAUCGGAGAGUUCCUGGGCAAUCGGCAGAAGCAGUUCAACAGGGACGUGCUGGACUGUGUGGUGGAUGAGAUGGACUUCUCCACAAUGGAGCUGGAUGAAGCACUCAGGAAAUUUCAGGCCCACAUCCGUGUCCAAGGAGAAGCCCAGAAGGUGGAGCGGCUCAUUGAAGCUUUCAGCCAGCGUUACUGCAUCUGCAACCCGGGCGUGGUGCGGCAGUUCCGCAACCCCGACACCAUCUUCAUCCUGGCCUUCGCCAUCAUCCUCCUCAACACCGACAUGUACAGCCCCAACGUCAAACCCGAGCGCAAGAUGAAGCUGGAGGACUUCAUCAAGAACCUCAGGGGGGUGGAUGAUGGGGAGGACAUCCCGCGGGAGAUGCUGAUCGGGAUCUACGAGCGCAUCCGCAAGCGCGAGCUGAAGACCAACGAGGACCACGUGUCCCAGGUGCAGAAGGUGGAGAAGCUCAUCGUGGGCAAGAAACCGAUUGGAUCUCUGCACCAUGGACUUGGUUGUGUGCUCUCUCUCCCCCACCGGAGGCUUGUUUGCUACUGUAGGCUGUUUGAAGUUCCAGAUCCAAAUAAACCUCAGAAGCUUGGAUUGCACCAACGAGAAAUAUUUUUAUUUAAUGAUCUUCUCGUGGUGACCAAGAUUUUUCAGAAGAAGAAGAACUCUGUUACAUACAGUUUUCGACAGUCCUUUUCCCUCUAUGGAAUGCAAGUUCUUCUCUUUGAGAACCAGUAUUAUCCCAAUGGCAUUCGGCUCACGUCAGCUGUUCCAGGAGCAGAUAUCAAAGUACUCAUAAAUUUCAAUGCACCAAAUCCUCAGGACAGGAAGAAGUUUACAGAUGAUUUGAGGGAAUCAAUUGCAGAAGUUCAAGAAAUGGAAAAGCACAGAAUAGAGUCGGAGCUGGAGAAGCAGAAGGGGGUGGUGCGGCCCAGCAUGUCGCAGUGCUCCAGCCUGAAGAAGGACUCUGGGAACGGGAGCCUGCCGCGGCCGUGCCUGGAUGACAGCUACGCGGGCGGCGAGGGGCUGAAGCGGAGCGCGCUCAGCUCCUCCCUACGGGACCUGUCCGAAGCAGGCAAGCGUGGGCGACGCAGCAGUGCAGGAUCGCUAGACAGCAAUAUGGAAUUUCAGCACUUUGAGCCACUGCAAGGACUUAACACCUAAACAGUAGAGACAAAGGAAUCACAACUGCAAAACUGUACCAGCCUAAAAGCAAACCUUGAAGAGGAUGAGCAAAUGUUCCAGUGAGAGAUGGGUAAAAGCAAUGACAGCUCCAACCCGUCGGGUUUCUGUGUAACAGAAAACAAACAGUAAUAAAAGUGUCCCAAACCGGGAGGACAUGGGAGCAACAGAGUGACUUGUCCUGUUAGCUUGCUCAUGGCAUCUCUAGCGUGGGGAGGAUGGGAGAGGUUCAGUCAUUUUUUUCCCUUUCAUACCAUGGAUACCACAAUACCAGCAAAACUGCAAACUGAGCACUUUGUUCACCUCCACAGAGAGCAAAUACAGCAAUCUAGAGUUUAACCUUUUGUUUCCAGCAGUCCACGUUUGUUUCACACAUGUGCAAUAUGUUUUCCCCUUCUGCUCCUUCUCCUCAGAAUGAUCUCCAUGAAAAGAAAACAAGUGAUUUUUAUUUUUCUGUGUCACUCAUUCUAUUCUAAAUUCUGCGGCUUACCUUAAGAGGGCUCGCCCGGGUCCCCUGAGGCUCUGUUCCUUGCAGUUUAAAAAAUAUAUACUGUUCUUAUAAGGGAAAGUAGAACUGUCUGCAUGUCAUCUAAUGUUAUUAGUGUGAGGCUACACUCUACAUAUUGUAUAAUUGCAAAAUAUAUCAGUGUUCCUGUUGAUAUUAGUUGAAGUAAAGUGAUAACAUAUUUCAAUAUGUAGACUUUUCUUCAUACAUCUGUACCAAUAGUAGAGUCUAACUGUAAUUUAUAGGUUGUUCCAGAAAAGAUGAAGAACCAUUUAGGUGCAAACAUCUCUGAGAAACUGCAUCUUUUAAUUAAAACAGAGGUAAGAAAGCUCCUCUUCACUGGGUGAUGGAGUCUGUACUUGUUUCAGAUGCAGAGGCAUAAUGGAAGUAAAAUUCUGUAUAUGGAAUAAAGGCAGAAUAUGCAGUAGCAGUGGAGAGGAAAAUCUGACUCACUGUGUUGAUUAACACUGAAGAUAUCAAAUCUCCCAGAUCUGCAUUUGCUUUAUGUUUAAAAAGCCCUUUCAUUCAUUUAAAUUAGAAUUGCAUAUAAAUAUUCUGUGCUUGAACAGUGAGCCACAGUUUAAUGCCUGCCCACUGAUUUUCCAUGUGCAAUCGAUGUAUUUGUGAACCAGAGUGUUGAGGAGAUGUCACAAACGUGCAUGCACAGAAACAUUUCCACGUGGUUCCAUGGGCACUGGGGAGGAGCUGUGCCUGCCCUGGGCGUGCAGGGAGUGUGAAAUCACAGAUCACAGAAACCAAAACUGGUCACCUGAGGGCACAGCAUUUGGAAACUCUGUUCUUUCAAGCCAAGGAGGAGAAACAGUGGACUUGACUCUUUUUUCCCCCCUAGUUUUGUUCUGUUUUGUUUCUUAGACUGUGUGUUUCUAUGUACUCCAACCAAACAAAUGUGUCUUGGUGUCAGCACAAGUCUCCAGACCUUUGCUGCUUGUUUAGGGUCAUAGUAAAACCUCUCUGACUCCAUCCUUGAUCAACAGUUGCUUAGAGCAGUGUGGGUCAUGCUUAGAAUAGGAGAAUUCCAGCACUUAACACUGGGUGGGGUUAAGAAAAUGAAUUAAAAUGAAUUCUUCAGCCUGCAGACAGGAGUAGAAUGGAGAGGGUUUUUCUUAGAUGCCAUUGCCAAUUACUAACUGGUACAGAACUGCAUAGAGUGGCCGUGGUUCUCUCUUCCCAUAAAUGAUGUGGCAAAGCAGUAAUGCUGAUCUGAACAAAUGAAAGGGAAAUGUAAAGAAUGAAGGUGUGGCAACAACAAAAAAAAAUCUUUUCUGGGACAACAAUGAAAUAUAUAUUUGGGGUUUUUAUUUUUUUAAGUUAAGAAUGAAAUGUAAAACAAUGUAAAAAACAAAAUAUCAAAGUUCAUCCUAAUAUAAUGUGCGUCUUGUAUUGCUAAAAAAAGAGAGUCGAACAUACAGUGUAGAAUGAUUUUCCCAUCAUGUACUGCAUGCAGCAGAAGCCUCUUGUUUCUUGAUAAAAUGAGCUGAAAGACAGUCAGCAGAUAUUUAAACACUGAAUCUCUAGAUGUUGACUUGCUGUUCCAUAUGAAGCUGUGUGUUUUCUGCAGUUAAGCAUGCAUUUUGCUGUUCCCUUGUAAAAUACCAUCGCACUUCUUGCCUGCAAAAUGGAUUCUCGUGUAUAUAUUUCAAAGAAAAGUGGAACCAAUAACAAGAUUCAAUUUGGAAAAGAGAAAAGGGGGUGGUGAAAAUGGGACCAGUAGGGGGAAUAGAGAAUUCUCUAAAUUGUACAUAGUGUGUAAAUUAGCAUUACUGUAAGUCUGCAGUCACUUUGAGGUUGCCUAUCUCCUGCUAGAAACUUAAAUCAGCUUUGAGUUGUACUAAACUGUUAGAAUUAGGUCUUGAAUGCAGACUGUUAAAGACUUCAAAAAUCAUUAUGCUUACAAGAAGCUUCUGUUCUGGGGAGGCUCGAGACCCCUUUUGUAACUCUGGGGAAGAAAGGAGUGCUUUCAUUUUAAUAUGCAUUCUGUUUGUAAGUAGUAACAGACCCUAUUGAUGUAAAACUAUAACUGUGAUCAUGUGGAGAAAUCAAAUAAAUCAUUUAAAACUC